UUAAUCUGCUGUGUUUCUACGUGGUUUGAGCGUGUGAGCAUGAUGGUGAUCCUGCUGAACUGUGUCACCUUGGGAAUGUACCAGCCAUGUGAGAACAUUGACUGCUCUUCAGAACGGUGCCAAAUACUACAGGCCUUUGAUGCAUUUAUUUACAUUUUUUUUGCCCUGGAGAUGGUCAUAAAGAUGGUUGCUCUGGGAAUCUUUGGCCGACGCUCCUACCUUGGAGACACAUGGAACCGGCUGGAUUUCUUCAUCGUCAUGGCAGGGAUGGUUGAAUAUUCCUUGGACCUGCAGAAUAUGAACUUCACCGCUAUCCGAACUGUGAGAGUACUGCGACCUCUCAAAGCAAUUAACAGAGUGCCAAGCAUGCGAAUCCUGGUGAACCUGCUGCUCGACACUCUGCCCAUGCUGGGCAACGUCCUUCUCCUCUGCUUCUUCGUCUUCUUCAUCUUCGGCAUCAUUGGUGUGCAGCUGUGGGCGGGGCUGCUGAGGAACCGUUGCUACCCGGAGGAAAACUUCACACUCACCUCCGGCAUCAGCCUUCCUCAGGAAUACUACAUGCCAGAUGAGGAUGACGAACGGCCCUUCAUCUGCUCGCUGCCCGUAGACAACGGCAUCAUGUCCUGCACGGAUGUCCCGGCCCGCCGUGAGGGAGGCAGGGCGUGCUGCCUGGAUAAAGACGAUGUGCUUUACCGCCAGUCCCUCGGUCUGAGCCCUGAACCUCUGACCAACGGAAGUAUCAGUGUGGCUGGGCUGUGUGUCAACUGGAACCAGUACUACACCAGGUGCCAUACUGGAAGCAGGAACCCCCACAAAGACGCCAUCAACUUUGAUAACAUCGCCUAUGCCUGGAUUGUUAUCUUUCAGGUGAUCACUCUGGAGGGCUGGGUGGAGAUCAUGUACUAUGUCAUGGAUGCCCAUUCCUUCUACAACUUCAUCUACUUUAUUCUACUUAUAAUAAUUGGUUCCUUUUUUAUGAUCAACCUGUGCCUCGUGGUCAUCGCCACUCAGUUCUCAGAGACCAAGCAGCGAGAGCAUCAGCUGAUGCAGGAGCAGCGGGCUCAGUGUUCCUCCUCCUCAACGCUGGCUAGUGAACCAGGGGACUGCUAUGAAGAGUUGUUCCAGCUCAUGUGCCACUUCCUCCGCAAGACCAAAAGACAAACGGUGUCCCUUUUCUACACGCUGAGGGGUAAACCUCGGGGCUUCCGUGGAGUUGGAAGAGGCAGAGAAGCAGGAGAGGCACGGGAGAGGAAGGCCAACGGACAGGGGAGAAAUGAGAGGAGAGCACUCCCGAGGCACGGUCCGAGGUGUUCUUAUCACAAUAAACCAGACCACACGUCGCCAGCAGAACCCACAGCCCUCACUGCCACCUCUGCAGCAGAUGGCUGCCCUCAGUGCGCCAUGGCGCUGACACUCAAAGAUGGGGUGAGGCCAGUUAGCAGUGGUGCCAGCAAUGAAGCAGAAGCCUCCGAGGAAACAGAAAAAGAGGAUGACCAGACUGACAGUAAAGAAAAGGGCAAUAAAGGCCAUACCAGUUCAGAGAACCAUGUGGGCUGCUGUCCAAAGAAGGGUUGCAGGGAAAUAUGGCAUGACGUAAGGAUGAAGCUGUGGGGCAUCGUCGAAAGCAAGUACUUCAACCGAGGGAUCAUGAUCGCCAUCCUGAUCAACACUAUAAGCAUGGGCAUAGAGCACCAUGAGCAGCCGGAUGAACUGACAAAUGUCCUGGAAAUCUGCAACAUCGUCUUUACCAGCAUGUUUUCUUUGGAAAUGAUUCUCAAGCUUACAGCUUUUGGCUCCUUCAGCUACCUAAGGAACCCCUACAAUGUCUUUGAUGGAAUCAUCGUGAUAAUAAGUGUUUGUGAGAUUGUCAGUCAGUCAGACGGCGGUUUGUCGGUGUUGAGGACCUUCCGGCUGCUCCGGGUCCUGAAGCUGGUCAGGUUCAUGCCAGCUCUCAGGAGACAGCUGGUGGUGCUGAUGAAGACCAUGGACAACGUGGCCACAUUCUGCAUGCUGCUAAUGCUCUUCAUCUUCAUCUUUAGUAUCCUUGGGAUGCACAUAUUUGGCUGUAAAUUCAGCCUGAAGACAGAGACUGGGGACACGGUGUCAGACAGGAAGAACUUUGACUCGCUGUUGUGGGCUAUCGUCACUGUUUUCCAGAUUCUCACUCAAGAGGACUGGAACGUGGUUUUGUACAAUGGUAUGGCAGCCACCUCACCACUGGCAGCUCUUUAUUUCGUGGCUCUCAUGACCUUUGGAAACUAUGUCCUGUUCAACCUUUUGGUGGCCAUCUUGGUUGAAGGAUUUCAAGCAGAGGGUGAUGCCAAUCGCUCCUAUUCUGAUGAUGACCACUCCUCUUCCAACUUUGAUGAAAGUGAGAAGCACGACUCUAUUAAGUUGUCUGAUCCAAGAAUGUGCGCCCUCACUCCAAACGGUCACCUUGAGUUGGGUGCGCCGUCUGGGCCCAGAGGGUCCUACUCCUCAGAGAAGAGGAGUUUCACCAGUGACUCCAGGAAGAGCAGCGUGAUGAGCGUGGGGAAGAGCAGCCUGGAGAGACGCUCCCUGUCUUUGCGCCAUGGUCCUGGUUCCAACUACCACAACUGGGGACGACCUUUCCCUCAGACCGGAUGGAGUCGCAGGUCUAGCUCAUACAGCCUUGGUCGCAGGAACUAUGGCUUUGGAGGGGCACCUCAAGUUGGAGGCAGCCUUCGUGUGCGAAGCACCCGCUCCCCCCAUUCUUACGCCUAUUCCUCUGAGCAGGAGUCCCUUCUGUCACAUUCCCAUCAUCCUCUUCCCCCUCCACAUCCAGCCCCAGCGUCGUUGUUUCUCUCAAGACAUUUUGGGGGAAGGAGGAAUCGACGGGCUCUCUCUCUGGAGUUCCCAGAGCUUCUGAGGGCGGGGGGACAACCCCCAGGACCGCCUCACAUCCAGAACCCGGAUUCUGGUAGAAAGACUGGGUCUGGGGCAUGGGGGUCCCAGACGGGAGGCUCUGGAACUGGUAGUGGUUCAGGAGUGGACCAUAGAGACUGUAAUGGCAAAGCCCCAGGCCCACACAAUCAUCUGAUGACGGAGGUCUUCCCUCAGGUCAACGCACGCAAAGACAGAGCAGACCUCGAUGAAGAAACCGACUAUAGUUUGUGCUUCCGUGUCCAGAAGAUGAUGGAAGUUUACAAACCCGACUGGUGUGAGACGAGAGAGGACUGGUCGGUUUAUAUGUUCUCCCCCCAGAACAAGUUCAGGCUGCUUUGCCAGUCCAUUAUUGCUCAUAAGCUCUUUGACUACGUGGUGCUGGUUUUCAUUUUUCUCAACUGCAUCACUGUCGCUCUGGAGAGACCAAAGAUUCUUCAAGGCAGUGUUGAAAGAGUGUUCCUCACGAUUUCCAACUACAUCUUUACCGCCAUAUUUGUUGCAGAGAUGACUGUCAAGGUGGUGUCCAUGGGUCUGUAUCUCGGAGAGGCAGCAUAUCUCAGGAGUAGUUGGAACAUCCUGGAUGGCUUCCUGGUCUUCGUGUCUUUGAUUGAUAUUGUGGUGUCCAUGGCGGGAGGAGCUAAGAUCCUGGGAGUUCUGCGUGUCCUCAGGCUGCUCAGAACACUGCGUCCUCUCAGGGUGAUCAGCAGGGCUCCAGGACUGAAACUAGUGGUUGAGACGCUGAUAACUUCCCUCAAACCCAUUGGAAACAUCGUCCUUAUUUGCUGUGCCUUUUUCAUCAUUUUUGGUAUUCUUGGUGUUCAGCUCUUCAAAGGCAAGUUCUUCUACUGUGUGGGUUUCGACGUGAAGAACAUUACUAACAAGUCUGACUGCCUGGCUGCCAACUACAAAUGGGUUCACCACAAAUACAACUUUGACAACCUUGGGCAGGCGCUCAUGUCCCUGUUUGUACUGGCAUCAAAAGAUGGCUGGGUCAACAUAAUGUACCACGGUCUGGAUGCAGUGGGAAUUGACCAACAGCCGAUGACCAACAACAGCCCCUGGAUGCUGCUGUACUUCAUCUCCUUCCUGCUCAUCGUGAGCUUCUUCGUCCUCAACAUGUUCGUGGGCGUGGUGGUGGAGAACUUCCACAAGUGUCGUCAGCAUCAGGAGGUGGAGGAGGCAAGGCGGCGAGAGGAGAAGCGACAGCGUCGCAUGGAAAAGAAGAGGAGAAAGGCCCAGAAGCUGCCAUACUAUGCUUCCUAUGGCCGAAUCCGCCUGGCCAUCCAUGCACUGUGCACCAGCCACUACCUGGACCUUGUAAUCACCUUCAUAAUCUGCAUUAAUGUCAUCACUAUGUCCCUGGAGCACUACAGUCAGCCACAGUCUUUGGAGACUGCCCUGAAGUACUGCAACUACUUCUUCACCUCCACCUUUGUGAUUGAGGCUUCUCUGAAGCUGGUGGCCUUUGGCUUUCGACGCUUCUUCAAAGACAGGUGGAAUCAGCUGGACUUGGCCAUAGUGCUGCUGUCUGUAAUGGGUAUCACUCUGGAGGAGAUCGAGAUCAACGCUUCCCUGCCCAUCAACCCCACCAUCAUCAGGAUCAUGAGAGUGCUCAGGAUAGCAAGAGUGCUGAAGUUACUCAAAAUGGCAACUGGAAUGAGAGCUCUGCUUGAUACGGUGGUCCAGGCUCUACCUCAGGUUGGAAAUUUAGGACUGCUGUUCAUGCUGCUGUUUUUCAUCUACGCUGCCCUGGGAGUGGAGCUGUUUGGAGAACUUGUGUGUAACGCUGACUACCCCUGUGAGGGGAUGAGUCGGCACGCCACCUUUGAAAACUUUGGAAUGGCCUUCCUGACACUCUUCCAGGUAUCAACAGGAGACAACUGGAAUGGCAUCAUGAAGGACACCCUCAGGGAGUGCCCACCUGAUCGUCCGGGCAGUGACUACGGCUGCCACGCCGGCCUGCAGUUCAUCUCUCCGCUCUACUUUGUGUCCUUUGUGCUCACGGCUCAGUUUGUCCUGAUAAACGUGGUGGUUGCCGUGCUCAUGAAGCAUCUGGACGACUCCAACAAAGAGGCGCAGGAGGAUGCCGAGAUGGAUGCGGAAAUUGAACUGGAGCUGGCGCAGGGGGGACUGUGCUGCAUGAUGGGGGGCAUCGGCGCCAUCGCUGGGGCCACAGGUGCCGCUGCUACCGGGGGAGGUGUGAGCAACACGGCCUCUGGAGGAAUCAGUGCAGGGUCUGGCCUGGGUCUGAGCGGGGGUGGGGUGGUAGCACUGCGAGAUGGAGGCGAAGGGGGAAGAGGAGGCGGCGCUGCUCACGAUGGACACGCACAGCACCGAUAUCAGCACUACUCUCCCGCUCAGGAGAGCCUGUGGUUGGACAGCGUGUCUCUGCUGAUUAAGGAUUCAAUGGAAGGAGACAUGAUUGACAAUCUCUCCGGCUCGGUCUUUCACCACUACUGCUCCUCUCCCGUAUGCAAGGACUGCAAGAGUCACCCACAAGAGGUCCGGCUGGCAGAGGUGGAGCAGGCGUCGCUGAUGUCGGAGCAGCUGUCGGAUAAAUCAUCGUCUCCAGCUCUGCCCGAUGACCUCAGCCUGGAUGAUCACAGCAGCUACCAGCUUCUUUUCAGAGGCAGUCAGAGGGGCAGCAGCGACUCGCACAGUUCUGAGGAGUUAGCAACCCAACAAGGCUACAGAGGGCUUCGUCCCUCCAGCUCAGAAAGCGAAGACGGCAUUCAGCAAGUCUUUGAAGACGACAUCUGUCCACAUUUGAGCCCGCAACUGUUGCAGCAGGAAAACUCUCAAGGCAAAGAUGGAGGGAGCAGCAGUGGUGUUGGUGAUGCCUCCUCGCCCAUUUUUCACCUGCCAGCAGAGUUUUUCCACCCAGCUGCUGCAGCUCAUGCCGACAGUCCCAGGGACACUGUCAGUCCAGGAGAGCAUGGGCCUUCCAGGUUGGCCUCUCCAGCCUCCUGGGCCUCCCUCCGAUCACCUGGCGCCAACAGCCGGCCUCUAAGCUCCCAGCACCCGUCUCACAGUGAGUCAUCUCUAGCCACGGGCAGUUCAGAGGGCAGCCUGCAGACCACGGUGGAAGAAGGACUUCGCUAUGGGGUUUCCCGGCUCCGUGACCUGAAUCUACGCGAGUCCCUCCUCUGCACCAACCCCAGACAUUCCUUGUGCCCACCAGGAGCGCCCGCAGCAGACCAGGGCCAGCCUUUGCUGAAGAGACGCAGCACCACAACCAGCCUCCAGGCCUCUCGGAGGCACAAGGAGAGCCAGAACAGUGCUAAAGACAGCAGCGGGAGUGCUGCGUGCCCUCAACGUGACUCCACAAACCAUUCAGGUGAGGUGGAGAACGGCAGUCGAGGAUUCUGCCAGACCCUCAACAGUGAACACUUGUCGGAGACUCUGAACAGCCUCUCCUUGACGUCGCUGUUCAUCCCCGGCUCCCUGGCACCCACAUUAAUCAAGAAAUGUAACAGCACAGGCUCUUUGGCCCAGUCUAAUCUUUCAGCCCAGAGGGAAGGUCCGUGUCACUUUUACGGCAUUGACGCCCAUGGUUUCUUAUCCAACCCCUGGACAGAAGGAAAGGCCAGAGGAACAGAAGAAGACAGCGAUGUGACGGAAAGCAGGAAUCAUCCAACAGACUCAAGCUCCAGGAAAAAAAGAUGAAAAACUUGUUGUUUCUUUGUACUUGAACUGUUAAAGCGUUGGAACCUCUGGACCUUGACCAGAGCAGGGAGAGACUUCCUAACACGUCUCCUGUGAAACAGUUCUCCCUUUUCAGUGCCCUGUUCUUUCUCUUGUCUCUUCAGAUCGGGAUAAGUCUUUAAAGACAGCUGCUUCAGAGUUUUGACUCCCGUUUUGCACAGGACGUUUGAUUGUUUUCCGAUGGGUUCAACUGUUGUAACAAGGGGGGAGGAGCCUUUUAGCACAGCCACAAUUUAGCUUUGAAUAACAUGGUAGUUUGUAUUUGAUCUAUUAUGGCAGAAUAUUCAAAAAGCUAUUGGAAAGCUCAGAAAAAAUCUGCUAAAAAGUAUAUAUAGAGUGAUGUUAAAUUAUAAAACAUAGGGCUUGCUUGACCUGAUGUGCCCUCAACCUCUGUGCAAAAAUACUUGUUAGCGUUGGACCUGUGGAAAACUCUGAAGCUCAUUUUGGGGAAAAAAAUCUAAUUUUUGUACAGCUAGUCUUUCUUGUUUGUUUGUUUUUCCCAAACUCCAUGAUUAACGGUAGCAUUUACUCAUCUCCACUUUAGCAGAUUUGGUGGGUUAUUGAAAUAUCAAUCAAAAAAAAGUUUAAUAUUUAGUCUUUAGUCUUGUUUGUAUGUUUUUUUGUGGACCGGUCUGUCUCCAUAGUUAAAAAGGGACCCAGACAAGUCUGGAAACUGACAAAUGGCUUUUUGGAAGUUAAAGAAAUCAAUAAAUACCAUGUGAUUGCUGCUUAGAUUAAAUGUGGGAAGUUUGUUGGAAGGCUUAGCCACUCUUUAGCUACGGACACACGUUCAUGAACAAAAAUUCUUGAACGCGUGCAUAGCCCAUGGUGUUCACACUGGACAAGCAGGAAGGGACUUCCCUUUUUUAUGUUUUAAUGUUUUAAAGCACAUAUCACAACUACAGUUGGAAGAAACUUGUUGUGAAUCAUCAUAAAGGUGCAAAUCUUGUGAAUCUUGCUCCAGGCUUUAUAUUUCACAGCUCUAUUCAGAUAUAUGAAAGACUUUGUGUCAUAGAAUUCCGUCCAGGGACAAAAAACUAAUUAUUAGUUUCUCUUACUCUUUUCAAGCUUUCAAACCUAAUUAAAAGGGACAAGAAUGAAUAUGUCACUACCAAAUCCGAGUCCCUGAUUGGUCAGCCUGGUAUUACUUUUAAUGCCCAUUGUGCAUGGAGCCCAAAAACUGGCUUAAAAAAGCCCAAAACGCGCAUUUACGCCCAUAGACAUAGGCCUUUAAUUGAAAGUGGUUGCUUGCAAAGGGCAGUGUGUACGCAGCUUCAGGGUGGACGUUUUUUCACUUCCCACAAAAACAUGAAAGGGCUAAAAUAUAGUGAACGAAAACCUGGGUCAAAUAAUACUAGCAAAUAAGAGAGUAAUAAUAAUAGAGUGUCGGAAAAAUUACCCUUCCAGCUUUUCAAAACAAUGUCCUCAUGCAGAUAGUCCAGAUAUUUGGUACUAUAUUACCUCGUUUCCCACUGAGCAGUCCGGACCGGUCCUCUCCUGGUCCGAUUAGAAUGGUCCGGGCAAUUCAAGUGAGCGUUUCCAUUGAGUACUGAAGCACCAAGGCACAUGCAGGGUGUAGUAGAACGAUGACGUAGCUGUGCAUCGUAAUGGUGCGACUACAGCAAAUGGAUCAUCAAUUUUGUAUUUGGGUUAGGUUAUUUUGUAUACAGUGUUUCCCCCAAUAAAUGUCCGCCUUUUAAUAAAUGUUUAUAAAGCAUGAUUAGUACUGAUUUUGAUUAGUUUGGAUUGGUAACAAACAUUCUUCGGCCGUGGGGAUGGGUCUCCAUAUUCGCAGAUUCUGUCUUUAACCCACCCAAAUAAGGGAGGAAUAUAAAAUAAUUUUAUAUCCUUUGCAGGCGAAGAAUAAUACCGCCGAAAAGAGGACAAAACUUUCUGCUUAGAUCUUGAGUCGGACAAUUGCUUUUGUUGGAAUACCUUUCCACCAAUCAAUUAAUUUUAUUGUGCAACGUCAGUAGCUCCACCCUAACUGGUCCGUUUAAUUUUUUUAUGGAUCUAGAACCAAAAAUGGUAUGAAUCAGUUCGGCUUAAUGGAUCCAUUUUAUAUUGGAAACGCUCCAAAUACCGUACCGGUUAAAUCUGGACCGCUCAGUGGAGACUAGUAAUAUGGGACCAACUCAGUAUCCUAAUGUUAGAGUGUCCGCCACUGAGAGUGGUAGAUCAUGGGUUCAAAUCCAGUCCAAAUUGUGUCACACCAAAGUUUAAAAAAAGGGGACCCAAAACUUUCCCUGAAUUGAAAUCUUCCAUUUUAACAAAAAACCUACAAGCACAUUUGAACUCAAAGCUAUACUUUUGAAACAAUAAAACAUAGUACCGGUAAAUAGUCUUAUGUGACUAUCUGUAGGUGGAACUUUUAAAGGGUGAUACCUGUAUGUCUGUUUGUAGUAAGGAAUUGUGAAUAUAAACAUUUACUUGACCCAGGUGUUCUUGACUGUAGCAUGAUAUAGGAAAAUAAAUUAAGGCAAAGAAUGUCGUUCAGAUGUGUAAUGUAAUACUUUGAGCACUUGCUGUUUUGAUAAAAAGGAAAAAAAAAAGUUGGAUUCCCAACCAGGUAGACCUCAGGUGGAUUUAUAUGCACUUAACACAGAUAUAUUAUCACGCACACUAACUGACACUCUGGUCUUAGACAACCACAGAAACAUCCUACUGUGUUUUGACAUCAGACAGAAGAAAACCUCAGUGCUGACGUCUUUCUCUACUUUGUCCUCUUGAUUCAAUUGUAUUAUCUCCCUUCUAGAAGGAAGGCAGAGGAUUUCAUGGCAAUUGACUGCCCCACCUCUAUUCGAGAUAUGCAAUAUGUGCAGUAGAUGUACAGUUAGAUGUAUGAGACUUGUAUAGAUAGGCAAUAUGGUGAAAAGAAAACUAUAUUUAUGAAUAUAUGUAAUGGAAUCAAAUGUCAUUGAAGUUUAAAGGUCACCAGAAGGAGGAAGAUGUAAUCCUUUUGUUUCAAAUUGUGUGUGGAAUCUGUUGACCUACACCUCCCCAAACCUAUUGUUUUUCCUUUUGUUUUCUUUUUAAAUGCAUGUGGGUUACUUUUGUUUGUUUGAAAUGUCAUUUCUGUGUCAUAUAAAAAAAUGAUAGCUUUUCAA